AUGGGGCUCAGUGUCCUCCUCCUCUUUGCUCUCUUCACCGGCCUCUUGCUUCUCCUGGUCAGGGGCCGCCCAAAGGGCCACAGACACCUCCCACCAGGUCCCCAUCCUCUGCCUUUCUUGGGGAACGUUGCACAGAUGGACAGAGGAGGCCUACUCAAAUCCUUCCUGAGGCUCCGAAAGCAAUAUGGGGAUGUCUUCACGGUGUACCUGGGACGGAGGCCCGUGGUCAUUCUGUGUGGGAUGGAAGCCAUACGGGAGGCCCUGGUCGACCAAGCGGAGGCCUUCUCUGGCCGGGGGAUAGUCGCCAUGGUCGAUCCAAUCUUCCAGGGAUAUGGUGUGAUCUUUGCCAACGGGGAUCGCUGGAAGACCCUUCGACGAUUCUCUCUGGUCACCAUGAGAGACUUUGGGAUGGGAAAGCGGAGCGUGGAGGAGCGGAUUCAGGAGGAGGCUCAGUGUCUGGUGAAGGAGCUGAAGAAAUCUCAAGGAGCCCUCCUGGACCCCACCUUCCUCUUGCAGUGCAUCACUGCCAACAUCAUCUGCUCUAUUGUCUUUGGAGAACGCUUUGACUACAAAGAUGAAGUGUUCCUGCGGCUGUUGGACAUGUUCUACCAGACUUUCUCGCUCGUCAGCUCUUUCUUCGGCCAGGUGUUUGAACUCUUUUCGGACUUCUUGAAGUACUUUCCCGGCACACACAGGCAAGUCUACAAAAACCUGCAGGAAAUCAAUGCCUUUAUUGGCCGCAGUGUGGAGAAGCACCUUAAGACCCUGGACCCCAGCGCCCCCCGGGACUACAUCGACACCUACCUGCUCCGCAUGGACAAAGAGAACUCCAACCCGAACACCGAGUUCCACCAUCAGAACCUCAUCACCACGGCGCUCUCGCUCUUCUUUGCUGGCACCGAGACCACCAGCACCACUCUCCGCUAUGGCUUCCUGCUCAUGCUGAAAUACCCCCAUGUCACAGAGAGAGUCCAGAAGGAGAUUGAACAGGUGAUUGGCUCACAUCGCCCUCCUGCCCUUGACGACCGUGCCAAAAUGCCAUACACCGAUGCAGUCAUCCAUGAGAUUCAGAGAUUUGCGGACCUCCUCCCCAUUGGUGUGCCCCACAUGGUCACCAAAGACACUCAUUUCCGAGGGUACAUCAUCCCUAAGAACACUGAAGUAUUUCCCAUCUUGAGCUCUGUUCUCCAUGACCCACAUUACUUUGAAGAGCCAGACACCUUCAACCCUGACCACUUUCUGGAUGCCAACGGGGCAUUAAAGAAGACUGAAGCUUUUAUCCCCUUCAGUAUAGGGAAGCGCAUUUGUCUUGGCGAAGGCAUUGCCCGCAACGAGUUGUUCCUCUUCUUCACCACCAUCCUCCAAAACUUCUCUGUGGCCAGCCCUGUUGCUCCUGAGGACAUUGACCUCACACCCCAGAAGAGUGGGAUGGGCAGAGUACCCCCAACAUACCAAAUCAGCUUCGUGCCCCGCUGA